AUGGACUGGGAUCGACCUAAUGGAAAGCGGCGGCGCACGGAUGAGGAGGAAGCGUGUGAAGCUUUGGGUGGGCUGCUGCGGCAGACGGCCUCGCGUGCGAUGGAGCGGGUGCGCUUGCAGCGACAGCAGCGCGGCUGGGAAAGCCAACUGACCGCCCUCUCCUCCUCUGCCGCAGCCGCGGUGGCGCGUAGUGUGAAGCCGAUGGACGUGCUUGUCAUUCGGUUCUGCAUGCACUAUUUGGACUGUAGCAAGGUGGCGGCGGCGAAUCAUUUCGUGCGGCUUGCGCAGGAGGUCGUGACGUCCAGCAUCGAGCGGGUACUGGUGCCGCAGCUGUUCAGCCGCGAUGGCAGCUCUCUUCCGGCGCUGUGCGAGAGUCUCGUCGCAGAGCACACUGCCGAGGAUAUUCAGGUGGCGGUGAAGGAAGUGGCAGAGUUUGUCGAGGCACGUGGUGCCCUUGGUGCCUGGAUCGCCGAUGCGACGGCCACUCGCGGCGAUCGUGAUGAUGACGAUUAUGACGACGCCGACGACUACGGCGGUGGUUACUACGGCCGCUCGCGCUCGCGUGACCGCGAUGAUGGAUACUCUCGCUUCACCAACGAGGAGGGCGAGGACCGUGGGGAAGACGAUGACGGCAGACCGGCAAGCCCACACCAGGACGUCGAGGACUUUGCUCUGGCCACCGCGUUGUAUCAAGCUUGCGAGUUCUGGGUUCGUGUACAGGCCUUUCUGAACUCCUUGUCGCUGCAUAGCGCUCGCCUGCACGUCUUUGCAAUGCCGCCACGGUACGAGCGGGAACUUCUUCUUCUUCUGUACGCUGCGACCCGUGGCGGCGACGGGGGUGGCGAGGCGUCACGGGAAGGUGAAAGCAACGGCGCCAGGAUCACCGCCGCGGAGGGCGCAUCGCUAUCCUCGUCGGCCAACGCAGCGGCAGUGAAGGUCGAAAAGAGGGAGACCAUCAAGGAAGAGCCGAUGUGGGACAGCGACGAGGAGGUGGCGGCACAGGUGGUCAGGGAGGGCGGUACGGACGACGAGGGCGCUGAGCAGACGGAGGCACCGGCAGGCCCGCGUCAGCCGCAGCAGCUGUACAAGGCUUCUGCCCUGCUUGCCGACGUGUUGGCGCUCUCUCGCUGCCCCGAAGCUCCCACGGCGCCGUCUUCGUCACCUGCCGGCACUACUUCAGAUUCUGCUUUGAUAGCGUCGCCGUUGUCAGUGGCUGCGCCGCGGAUCAGCGCCGAGGCUAUGCAGCGCCUCCGAGGGCUCAACGCGAACUUUUACAAGAUGGUGUACGCGCGGCUUGGUGUGAUGGUGGCGCGUGAUCGCCUCCACCGCUUUGACCGGGAUUCCGCCAUCACUCCACCCGAGUUCACCGUGCAGCAGCGAAACCUUCACGAGCAGCUGAUCCAGCAGGAGCAGCAGCAGCAAUACAAGGCAGACUUGAUGUCCGCAGCCCUGGGUAUUCCUGGGCAGCCAGAGGCCGGGCUGCCGGCUGCCUACGUGCCGGACGAUGCCUACUACGAGAAGCUCUUGCAUCAGCAGCACGACACGAUCGACGAGGACGAAGAGGUGUACAAGGGCGAGGUGAUGGACUACUACCUUUCUCACCCCAACCGCCCCGUCGCCGCGACGGGGUCGUCGUCGAAUUACUCGCGCUCCCGCUCGCACCACGGCGGCUCCUCUGCACGCGGCGGCGAGGCGGAGCCGCUGAUGAAGCCGCAUCGGUUCUGCAAAGUCAAGACGGGAUUCACAUGGACGCAGUACAACCGCACCCACUACGACAGUCGCACCAACCCGCCACCGCGGACGGAGAUGUGGUACGAGUUCACUUUAUUUUACCCAGCUCUCGCGAACACGAAACGCGACAUGCGGCACAUAUUCCGCAUCGAGGACACACCCGAGGGGCCCAACGACCAGUACUGCCUCCUCGUCUUCAGUGUGGGUCCGCCGUACGCCGAUGUGGCGUACCGCAUCCGAAAGAAGCAGUGGGACACCCGCCGCGGCGGGGUGCGCAUUAGCUUCGAUCAGUACGGCAGGUACAAACUCUUCUUUCGCUUCACCAACAGCAAUUACCGACGCUGA